AUGGCAAGAAAGUCAAAGAGUGUUACAGAUGAUGCAUUCAACGAACUCUUCAAACCCGAAUACAAAGGUAAACGCUUAACUGACGAAAUUAAUACCGCUGAGGAUAAGUGGAAUUUGUUGCCUGCAUUUUUAAAAAUCAAGGGUUUGGUCAAACAACAUCUAGAUUCUUUCAACUACUUUGUUGAUGUUGACUUGAAAAAGAUCUUGAAAGCAAAUUCACUAGUGUUGUCUGAUGUGGAUCCUGAUUUCUAUGUAAAGUACAUUGACAUAAGAGUCGGCCACAAGUCUACGUCACCACCAGGUACCAAGGAAGUGAUAUUACCACCUCACGAAUGUAGGCUACGAGAUUUGACCUAUAGUGCUCCAAUCUAUGUCGACGUUGAAUAUACAAGAGGGAGAAAAAUCAUAAGGCAUUACGACUUGGAAAUUGGGAGAAUGCCGAUAAUGUUGAGAUCAAAUAAAUGUAUGUUGGAUGGAAUGGAUGACAAAAUGAUGGCCCAAGUUGAUGAAUGUCCUCUCGACCCAGGGGGAUAUUUUAUAGUCAAUGGUACCGAAAAGGUUAUCUUGGUGCAGGAACAAUUAUCAAAGAAUAGAAUCAUUGUUGAAGCCGAUGAGAAGAAGGGUAUAGUUCAAGCUUCCGUAACGUCUUCCACUCAUGAGCGUAAAUCAAAAACAUAUGUGAUAACCAAGAACGACAAAAUCUACCUCAAACACAACUCCAUCAGUGAAGAUAUUCCUAUUGUGAUUGUUUUAAAGGCAGCGGGGGUCACCUCGGAUUUGGAAAUUUUACAACUUGUUUGCGGGUCCAACUCCAACUACCAAGAUUUAUUUGUGGUCAAUUUUGAGGAAGCUGCGAAACUAGAGGUGUUUACUCAGCAACAAGCCCUACUUUAUUUGGGAAAGAGGGUAAAGACCAUUAGGAGAGCUGGUGCACCCAAAUUAUCCCAACUACAAGAAGGUAUAGAGGCCAUUGCAACUACCAUAAUUGCGCAUUUGACAGUUGUUGACUUGCAAUUUAGGGAAAAGGCUUUGUAUAUGGCAGUUAUGGCGAGACGUGUUAUUAUGGCCAUGCACAAUCCCAAAAUGGUAGAUGAUCGUGAUUAUGUUGGUAACAAAAGGUUGGAACUUGCUGGACAGCUAAUGUCCUUACUUUUCGAGGAUUUGUUCAAAAAAUUCAACUCGGACUUUAAAGCAAAUAUUGACAAAAUUUUAAAGAAACCUAGCCGUACGUCUGAGUUUGAUGCCCUCUUGUCAAUAAACAUUCACUCCAACAACAUUACCAUGGGUCUCAAUAGAGCAAUUUCCACGGGUAAUUGGUCUUUGAAACGUUUCAAGAUGGAAAGAGCAGGUGUCACUCAUGUUUUAUCCAGAUUGUCAUACAUAUCAGCUUUGGGGAUGAUGACUCGUAUUUCAUCACAGUUUGAAAAGUCGAGAAAAGUAUCGGGUCCUCGUGCAUUGCAGCCAUCUCAGUUUGGAAUGCUUUGUACAGCUGAUACGCCUGAAGGUGAGGCUUGUGGUUUGGUCAAAAAUUUAGCAUUGAUGACUCAUAUCACCACCGACGAUGAAGAAAAUCCCAUCAAGAAGUUGUGUACAGCUCUUGGUUGUGAAUCAAUUUUGGGAUUAGACUCAGCUACAUUGCACGUUGAGGGAAACUUUGGGAUUUAUCUCAAUGGUACUUUGCUAGGCACUACUAGGUUUCCAGUGAAGUUUGUAACUGAUUUCCGCCGAUUAAGAAGGGCUGGAAAAGUUUCUGCCUUUGUGAGUAUUUAUACUAAUUCACACCAACAAGCUGUUCAUAUUGCUACGGAUGGUGGAAGAAUUUGUCGGCCUUUGAUUAUUGUGGAGAACAACAAAUCUAAAGUAGAAGCAAAGCAUUUGACUAAAUUGUUGAAUGGUGAGUGGGAAUUCGAUGACUUUUUGAAAGAGGGAUUGGUUGAGUAUCUUGAUGUGAAUGAGGAAAACGACUCAUUGAUUGCGUUGUAUGAAAAGGACAUUGGUGAAAAUCCUAAUGCCACAGUGACCCACUUGGAGAUUGAGCCAUUCACUGUGCUUGGGGCUGUCGCCGGUUUGAUUCCUUAUCCACACCACAACCAAUCGCCAAGAAAUACUUAUCAAUGUGCGAUGGGUAAACAAGCUAUAGGUGCUAUUGCUUACAACCAGUUUAGGAGGAUUGAUACUUUGCUUUACUUUAUGGUUUAUCCACAACAACCAAUGGUUAAAACCAAAACCAUUGAACUUAUCAACUACGAUAAACUACCAGCCGGUCAAAAUGCUACUGUUGCGGUUAUGUCCUACUCAGGCUACGAUAUUGAAGAUGCUUUGGUGCUUAACAAGUCCUCUUUGGACAGAGGAUUUGGAAGAUGUCAAGUUGUUAGAAAAAACACCGUGCAAUUGAAAAAAUACCCAAACCAUACUAAAGAUAUCUUGUCCGGUAUGAGGGUGGAUGAAAAUGAUGAGCCCAUUUUCCCACAUCGGGCCUUGGGCCCAGACGGUCUAGGUGAGGUUGGUAGUAGAAUCGAAAAUGGGCAAGUGUAUGCCAACAAAUGUGUUCCCACAAACUCUGGUGACUCGAGCUUGGGGCAACCUCAGCAAGUGGAAAAUCAUCGAGAAGCUCCAUUAUUCUACAAAGGGCCAGAGCCUUCCUAUGUUGAUCAGGUCAUGAUGUCGGUUAGCGACAAUGACCAAGCAUUGAUCAAGGUAUUACUUCGACAAACUAGAAGACCAGAGUUGGGAGAUAAAUUCUCAUCAAGACAUGGGCAGAAAGGUGUUUGCGGAAUUAUUGUGCAACAAGAGGAUUUACCAUUCAAUGAUGACGGAAUAUCCCCGGAUAUCAUUAUGAACCCACAUGGUUUCCCAUCUCGUAUGACUGUUGGUAAGAUGAUUGAAUUGAUAUCAGGAAAGGCUGGUGUAUUGAAUGGAUCAUUAGAGUACGGUACAUGUUUUGGUGGAUCAAAAUUGGAGGAGAUGUCGAAAAUCCUUGUUGAAAAGGGGUUUUCAUAUUCUGGUAAGGAUAUGUUGUACUCGGGGAUCACAGGAGAGUGUUUACAAGCAUACAUAUUCUUUGGUCCCAUUUAUUACCAAAAAUUGAAGCACAUGGUGUUGGACAAGAUGCAUGCCAGAGCAAGGGGCCCAAGGGCCGUGUUGACAAGACAGCCAACUGAAGGUAGAUCCAGAGAUGGUGGUUUAAGAUUGGGAGAAAUGGAGAGAGAUUGUGUUAUCGCUUAUGGUGCUUCCCAGCUUCUUCUAGAAAGAUUGAUGAUAUCUUCAGAUGCUUUUGAGGUUGAUGUUUGUAACAAAUGUGGGUUGAUGGGUUACAACUCGUGGUGUACGACAUGCAAAAGCGCCGAAAACAUUAUAAAAAUGACAAUUCCUUAUGCAGCUAAAUUAUUGUUCCAAGAAUUACUUUCGAUGAAUAUUGCACCGCGGUUGAGAUUAGGGGAUGUUUUUUAG